CCCGCGUGGCUGCGGGUCAGAGCUGUGAGUUGGCCGUGAGGCAACGCGCGUUAACCCGCGCCUCGCUCUGUUCUCAGCUGUGUGCUUCAGCAAACAGUGGCAGUGGUCCUGGCGAGGAAGCCGAAGGCUGUCGGGGAGCCGCGCCGCCGGCCUCAGCCCUCAGCUGCUUCAGACAGCGCUGUGCUGAGCGUCGCCCCGUGCGCUCGAUCCUCCCCCGCACAGCCUGGUCCUCCCGGCCAGCAGGCGGCGCCCUACAAUGUAAACCUCGUAAUACUGAGCGGCCGUUCCAGUGCCUCACACGGCGCGGCUCUGCUCUUCUACAGCCACCCCUCCGCUAUGCGCGGCGCUGCCGGGCUGCGAGCCGUGUGGUUUCCUCCACGCCGACAGGGGGCGCGCGGCGCGGCCGAGCAGCCCGGCGGCCCAUCUGGCGGAAGCGGAAGCGCCCGGCGGGGCGGCUGGGCAGCAUCGCCGCCGCGGAGCGCCAAACAUGCAACAUGGCAGCAGCCAUGGAAACUGAACAGCCAGGCCUCGAAGUCUUUGAAACCACAGGCUGUGAGGAGCAGGUGCAGAGAGAGGAGCAGCCAAAACCAGAACCUUUCUAUGUAGAGAGACAUUCCUGGAGCCAGCUUCGGAAACUGCUCACAGAUACACGAAAGUAUCAUGGGUAUAUGAUGGCAAAAGCCCCACAUGACUUCACAUUUGUUAAGAAAAAUGAUCCUGAAGGACCUCAUUCUGAUAGGAUUUACUAUCUGGCGAUGUCUGGAGAGAAUAGAGAGAACACACUCUUCUACUCUGAAAUUCCGAAAACUGUGAACAAAGCUGCUGUCCUGUUGCUUUCCUGGAAGCCUCUCUUGGAUCUUUUUCCAGCCAUCCUGGACUAUGGUAUGUACUCCCGGGAAGAGGAGUUGCUACGGGAGAGGAAGCGAAUUGGCACUGUUGGGAUUGCCUCCUAUGAUUAUCACCGAGAGAGUGGCACCUUUCUGUUUCAGGCUGGGAGUGGAAUUUAUCAUGUAAAAGAUGGAGGCCCUCAUGGAUUCACUCAACAGCCUUUAAGACCCAUUCUGGUAGAGACCAGUUGUCCAAAUAUCCGGAUGGAUCCUAAGCUUUGUCCAGCUGAUCCAAAUUGGAUUGCCUUUAUCCAUAGCAAUGACAUCUGGAUAUCUAAUAUAGAAACCAGAGAAGAAAGGAGGCUAACGUUUGUGCACAAUGAACUUGCCAAUGUUGAGGAAGAUCCCAAGUCUGCUGGUGUGGCUACUUUUGUGCUGCAGGAGGAGUUUGACAGAUACACUGGCUAUUGGUGGAGUCCAAAGGCAGAGCCAACACUGAAUGGGGGUAAAGUUCUUCGAAUUCUUUAUGAAGAAAACGAUGAGUCAGAGGUGGAAAUCAUUCAUGUCACGUCGCCCAUGUUGGAGACAAGAAGAACAGAUUCCUUCCGGUACCCCAAAACUGGUACAGCAAAUCCAAAGGUCACUUUCAAGAUUUCUGAAGUGGUGAUCAAUGAAGAAGGAAGAAUUGCAGAUGUUGUGGAUAAAGAGCUGGUUCAGCCGUUCGAGAUCCUCUUUGAAGGAGUCGAGUACAUUGCUAGAGCUGGGUGGACACCAGAAGGAAAAUAUGUUUGGUCCAUCUUACUGGAUCGUUCCCAGACUCGACUGCAGAUAGUCUUGAUUCCCCCUGCAUUAUUCAUCCCAGUAGAAGAUGAUGCAAUGGAAAGACAGAAACUUAUCAACGCUGUACCAGAUUCUGUUACACCUUUAAUUAUUUAUGAGGAAACAACAGACAUAUGGAUAAAUAUCCAUGAUAUCUUCUAUGUUUUCCCUCAAACCCAUGAAGAUGAGAUAGAGUUCAUUUUUGCCUCUGAGUGUAAAACAGGAUUCAGACACCUAUACAAAAUUGUCUCAGUUUUGAAAGAGAGCAAAUAUAAACGGUCAUCUGGAGGACUCCCUGCUCCAAGUGACUUCAAGUGCCCCAUCAAAGAGGAGAUUGCCAUUACCAGUGGGGAAUGGGAAGUGCUUGGCAGACAUGGGUCCAAUAUCUAUGUAGAUGAAGCCAAAAAACUGGUGUAUUUUCAAGGCACAAAAGACUCUCCUUUAGAGCAUCACUUGUACGUUGUUAACUACAAGAAUCCUGGAGAAGUAAAACGACUGACAGAACGUGGUUAUUCUCAUGCCUGCUGUGUCAGCCAGGAUUGUGACAUGUUUAUCAGCAAGUACAGCAAUCAGAAGAACCCACACUGUGUGUCCCUUUACCGGCUGACAGGACAUGAAGAUGAUGCAGCUCAAAGGACAAAGGAAUUCUGGGCUACAAUUUUAGAUUCAGCAGGCCCUCUUCCUGAUUACAUUCCUCCAGAAGUGUUCUCCUUUGAGAGCUCCACGGGGUUUACACUCUAUGGGAUGAUGUACAAACCUCACAAUCUGCAGCCUGGGAAGAAGUACCCUACUGUGAUCUUCAUCUAUGGAGGCCCUCAGGUGCAGCUAGUGAACAAUCGAUUCAAAGGACUCAAAUAUUUCCGGUUGAACACCUUGGCCUCUUUAGGCUAUGUUGUUGUUGUUAUUGAUAACAGGGGGUCCUGCCACCGAGGGCUGAAGUUUGAAGGAGCCUUUAAAUACAAAAUGGGACAAAUAGAAAUUGAUGACCAAGUGGAAGGGCUGCACUACUUGGCAUCCCAGUAUGACUUCAUUGAUUUGGAUCGUGUUGGUAUUCAUGGCUGGUCAUAUGGAGGCUACCUCUCUCUUAUGGCUUUAAUGCAGAGGUCAGAUAUCUUCAGGGUUGCCAUCGCCGGAGCGCCCGUCACGCUGUGGGUUUUCUAUGACACGGGUUACACAGAGCGCUACAUGGGCCACCCGGAGCACAACGAGCAGGGCUACUACCUGGGGUCAGUGGCCAUGCAAGCUGAGAAGUUCCCUUCUGAACCAAACCGUUUGCUGCUGCUACAUGGGUUCUUGGAUGAGAACGUUCACUUUGCACACACUAGUAUUUUGCUCAGCUUUUUAGUGAGAGCUGGGAAGCCAUACGACUUGCAGAUCUACCCUCAGGAGAGGCACAGUAUAAGGGUGCCUGAGUCGGGAGAGCACUAUGAACUCCAUCUACUGUAUUACCUGCAAGAGAAUCUGGGCUCUCGCAUUGCUGCCUUGAAGGCAAUGUAACUGACCUCUGCAGAACUCUGCUCAGCUGGCUGCUGUACCGAACGAGGAGAUAGGAAACUAGAGAAAAUAGAUUGGAACUUUGCAUUUUGGUGCCUGCCACAUGUACACACACAUACAUACACAGAGAGACACUUUUUUAAAGUAAAUUUGGUGCCAUAUAGGGAAUUAAAGGACGAUGAUCUAAUAACUUUAAAGCUUAAGGUGUAAAUAAAAUCCAGUGUCUGUAAUGUAAUGCAGUACCCUGGGUGUUCUCUUGGGGGAGGAGCUCAACUGAAGAUAACGUACUUCCACAGCACCAGACCUUCAUGUUUUAAAAAGACUCUGAUCUAAUCAGUGUGUUUUUACAGUGUGUUCCUUGGUACCAUGACACUAGAAAGUUUACUCACUGCACAGCAGGAAUUUACCUGGAUGGUUACAAUGUGUACAUUACAUUUUGAAUGUCAUUGUAUAGCUUUUAUGCUUCCUAAACAGGAUGUGUCUCACUCUAGAAAAGUUGGUCACAAGUUAGACACAUCCCCUAUCUAGCUUCUGAUUGUUUUUUAAGGAGAAACACUUUUAAGCUGCCCUGAGAAGAUUUUAAAUUUUGGAUUCAGUUCAGCUGAUGCCAGAUUCUUUUCAAUAAUUGCUUCUCAGGAUAAGUCGUACUGGUUUUCCUUCCAGCAGAUUGAUAUCCUAUCCUGAUUGUACUUGAUUUCACCUGGGGAAGUGAAGUGGUGUUUUACUGUGAUGUGAGCAUAACAAUCUUUUAUUCUGGGAUGCAAACUAAUUGAAGGCAAAUUGCUGAGACUUUGUGAAUUUUAAAAGAAGCUUAAAAGUGCAGCCCGUUCCUCGUUGACAUUUUUCCCUGAUGUUCAUUCUGGAUCUGUUUUUGCAAUACUGUUUUCUGACUGUCACAUCAGCAUGAUGUAGAUAUUUGCAUCCUGUUACAGUUUUAAGAUUCAACGCUCUGAUUCAAGGGUCUGCAGAGGAUUUGGUGAGAGGAGACCUUACGAGCACUACACGUCAGGCAGUGUGAGCUGCUUCAUUGAAUUUCCUGAUAUAUUCAAGGCACUGUUUCCCAGGCUCUGCUCAGUCCUCUGUUCCCAAGUCAUUUCCAGCACUGCUGCAUAGCACAUGACUACAAUGCUGUGUUUGAGAACUCCCUUCUGCAUAGCUUAAGGUAACCCCUCUAAGCCUAAAGGAUAUGAAAUCCCAGUUGUGCUUUUGUUAGUGAGGUUUUAACUAAGCAGCAGGCUUGGCCAAAAAGUGUCUUAUGUGAAGUUACUUUAAACUUGCAACAAGUUGUUCAAGAUAGAAAUCCAUGGCAAAAUGAUUCUCUUUAAUCCAGGAAAUUCUCCCCUUGGGACCUGCCUCUGAGACUCUUGUAAGUUUUAAUGGUUUUCUUAGAAACCUAAGAACUUCCUUUCCUUUUUGGUGCUAGAGAGAAGCUGAGCAUGGUUUUUCUUUUCAUCUUUUCAAAACAUGGAAUCACUCUCAGUAUUUAUGCUCUUAGUGCUCCACAUGUACCCUUGUCUUUUCCUCGCCGUGGUGCUGUUCAGCUUGGCACUGAGACUCUGGGACUUAACACAAUCUGAUUGUAUUGUAACAAACUGCACAUUUUACAGCCAGGCUGCUGAGCUCUGCCAGAGCCACUGCAGUUACACGGGUGUGAAAUCUGUAUGUGAGAACAGGAUUUGGUUUGGGGAUUAUGCAAACGAUAGCCAAAGCAAACAGACAUGCAGUAGGUGUACAUUUCCCUGACAUGGGAGUGUUUGGUUUGGGGAGGAGAGGUUCUGUUUUUCAGAUCACUGUUUUUUUUUUAGAGGAUGAGUUGGACUCCCCUUAGCAGGUCAGUAACAGCCUUACUGCUGGGAUCUGGAGAAGGGCAUGGCGUGCAAAGAGCCCGGCUCCUUCUGACAUCUCCUCUCUGAGAAAUGAACUGUGGCUGAACCUGGGCUGUCUGCUGCAGUCAGUGCUGAGAGAUGAGUAAUUGUGCUGAAGCUUUUGGUCUAGAGCAGCGUGGCAGGGAGUACAGAAAAGUAAAAGCUGUCACGAUGGAGUUCUUUUCUGUUCCUUACAUGUUUAUGCUGUAUGAUAUAUACAUAUAUCUAUAUUUGUUCAUAUAUACAUAUAUGUAUAAAAUUACACGUGGAUAGCAUCACCUUUUCCAAGGUUGUUUAUAUUUUGUUCAAUAUUUAACUUGCUUUUGGGGUGUUUCUGCUCUUUUUCUAGAGGUGAGUACCCUUGAAUGUAAAUGUUUAUGAUUUUUAAGACAAAAUUAAUCCUUUUGUGUAAAAAAAGAAAAAAAAAAAAGAAGAAAAAAAAGCCUUCAUCAAGCAAUGCUACUUUGGCAACUGAAGAACUAAAUGUUAUGCAAGUAAACCAGGCUGGAUUUUGAUUUAGCACAGGAUUGUAAGUGCUGACAUAUAACUUUUAACUAAUACAUCUUUUCUUCAUUUUAAAUAUAUCUAUUGAAAAGCUAUCAAAGUGCAAAGCACUGUAAGUACUCUAUUUUGCAACAUAAAUUACAUAUUCUUUCUUUCCUACAAAAGUUUUUUCUUUUUACAGCAGCCAAGCACUUUAAGACCCCAUCCUCUCUUAUCCUACAGAAGUGCUGGGAGGAUUUAUCAGCAGAGCUUUGCAGUUCUGGUCAGAGGUGCCUCGUGUGAGCUUUGAGACUGAGGUAGGGAGGUGCUGAGGGCUCUCAGAGCACAGAUGGGUGCCUGGGGGUCGGAUACAGCAGUGUGCUCUGUGCCCAGCAGGCACCUGCACUGAGCAGGAGGGAGAUGCAGCCUUCAGUGGAUAUUGGCUUCUUCCCAGCAGUUGCACUGAUGUCUUUUGAGAUGAAUGUUUUAAUGUCUUGUACUUAAAAGAAUACAUGAAACCUGGGGAUCUGAGCUGUGAUGCUGAAGUUGAAUGGUGAUGCCAGCAGUGGUGGUGGCUGGGAUUUGUUGAGGUUGUUUCUGUGGGAGCUCAUUCUUUGUCCCCUCUUAUGGCAGCUUUCAGGAAUUUUUUCCAAAUGGGCUUUCACCCUUCACACAGGAAUUGCACUCCUACCCCGUCCCUUUGUUUCCAGUGGUCUUUUAUUCAGAACAAAAUAUAAUUGGUAAUUAACCAGAGCUGCUUAAUUUUUGUAAGCUCUCUUAACUUCAAAAUGUUCGUUAAUGAAAUAAUGAAUUCAAACCUCAUGUAAAGCUUUGAAAAUCAAUUAGCUUCAUUAUAUCACAGCGGAAAAUGCAUUCCCUGGUUAUUGCUAGUUCUGUUUGGAGAAGGAGAGGGAAAUACUUUGAGCAGAGAUAUGGGGUGCUGCUUCCUCCCGAGCGCAGCGUGUGCCACACACUGCAGAGAUUUCCCAGCUCUGACCAUGGGGUCCCAACACCACUCCCACAGGAGGAGCACCGGGUUGUGCUUCUGCUGUGUCCGUGCAUAAGGCUGUUUUGCUGCUGGCAUGACGUUCGGCUUCUGAUGAGGCAAUAAUAGAGUACAAGCAAAUGAAAUAAUGGCCCAGAUUAGGAUACUGCCUUGAAUUGCCUGUUUACAUGAGUACCAGAACCCUGCAAAGACUUCUGUGCGCCCCUCGCGGGUCUUCGGGACGGUCCUUUCGAAGAGAGCUCUCUGUGGUUUUUACUUAGAUGUUCUGCACAAAGUUCAGGUUUUUAAUUUUAGAAGAAGUGCCUGCUGUUUGCAUUAGCAGAACUGCAUGUCUCACUCCAGUGGGUUUAUGGUCUCCCUCCCCCACCUUUCUUGCGACUUAGCUUUUAAUCGUGUAAAGUGGAGACAUUUGUUUUGCUGCUUUUUAUUACAAAACCUUUGUGGCAAUAAAGAUGCUGCUAAAUAAAUUGAAUUAAAUGGUUCCCCCCUCCCCUCCCCCUGCUCAUUUUCAACUGUCUCUCUUCUUGAUUUAGUAGAGUUUGUGCGUAAUUAGAUCUCCUUGCUUUGUGCUGCAGAGAGCAGCAGUGAUGGAAAAUGUGCGUGUGCACUCUAUGCACUUGUUGGGCAUUUAGUGAAAGCAUCUGAUUUUUCUUGUCCCUUGUGAUUAAUUGAUAUAAACAGGAAGUUCAGGCACUUGCUUGGAAUAACCUGCUUCUUCCCAUUCCUGAGUGCUGGGAGCAGCCCUGGGCAGCUGCAGCUGUGGAUCUGGGCACAUUUCUUCCUUGCUGCCCAGGGUGGGCACAGCACAGUGCAGGACGUGGGUCUGGUGCUGUUGGUAAGGUGGGAGGGCAGGAGGGGAUGCAUGCCGCGUCCUGCUUGGCCUCACAGGUCUUGAUGUGAUUGGUCUUUAUGGGUGCCCCAGUUCUGCUUAGUGCUGACCCAGAAUGGAUGGAUGGUGGAGGGCACGGGGUGGUCAUGUUCAGCAAGUUGUGUCACUCAUUGAUUGCUGAUUUUUCACUCUUAGAGCAGGACUACCUGUUCUUGGCAUGGCUUGCCUUGGAAUGGACCUUAGGAAGACCUGGUCCCAACCCCUGGUCGUGUGUAGGGUUGCCACCCACGUGAUCAGGUUUCCCAGGGCACCCAUUCUGAUGGCUCUCAGAAGUGAGCUGGUAACCAGCAGUGUGAUGAUGCAUUGCAUCUCUCUCUGGGGUUUUAGACCCUACCAUAACAUGGCAAACUUUCCCUGUAGUGUUCAGGAGCCCUCAUGCAGCACAAGCUGGGCCACAGGCAUCAUGCCAGCCCAGGGCCAAUUCUGGGGCUCUGGCUGCUGCCCCUGAGCUGGAUGUGCAGGCAUCCUCACCACAAUGAGCAGAUAGCAGAGGGGAAGGUUUCCCCAUUUGCUCCUACGUGCCUGGCGAAUGAACUGCUGCAAACCUUCUGGGUGGUGGUGAUUUUCAUCUGUAUGAUGAAUAAAUUAUGAAGUUGCUUCCUUAACUAAUUGCUAUCACUUGAGCUGACUGUACCUCUGGGUAUGCAGCGGAAGCAAAUAUUUCUCUUUAAAAUAGACUUUCUGCAGAUAUUUGAGCUGGGCCAGACUAAAUGUGCUCCUUGAGACAAGAAGUUUGAAGGGCAGAAUGAACUUCUCAUCCCAGAUGGGUCACAUCCUAGAUGAAAUUUUUCAGAAAAUCACUGUGCUGGCCAUGGUGUGAGUGCUGCGUGCUGGAGGCUGCCUGGGUUUUUGCUCAGUGCUCAGGGCUUUGCAAACAUGAGAGCACAUUUAUCCGUGUCUGUGCAUUGGGUUUGCUUCUGAGUGAGCAAAGCCUGUAGUCGAUGUGUUUAAGGAUCUUUGCCAUGGGUAGGACUGAUGGAAAGCAGCCAGUACUGUUGUGUUCCGAGGAGGGAAGGAUUGCUAUUGGAGAAAAGAGUGAAGCUGGAGGUGUUGGGCUGUGCUGCAGACUGGCUAUGUGACUCAGAAGCUGAGCACUGCCCUUGGCUUCCUGCUCACUCAACUGCAAAUCUGCAUAGAGCUGGGUUGGGCAGGACCUGGGCCUUUGGGUUUUGGUGCAGUUGUAAAUAUAAGAGGAGCUCCUGUGGUGGUGGCAGCUUUGUGCCAGGAUCUGAUGGCUGAGGCACUGGAGCCAGCAGAGGUGUGAUUCUCAGGGAAUGAUGCAUUAGUGGCUCCCGUGUUUCCACGUCGUGCUGUCAGAUGAGCACCUGCCCCACUGGGCAGGCAGACUGAGCAUUCUAGCUUGGGUGGUGCUUAUUUCCAGGCCAGGUUGGUGGCUGUCGGGUUGCAGGUUCCUCCUACCCUUCCCCAUGCACCUCCAUUGACUGGCAUUAACAGAGGCUGCAACUCUUUGGGCUUUUGGGACCCCAUUUCUGCCCACUCUGAGUCCUCUCCCUUGGCUGCUAGGGAGGAAUGAUACCAUGGUUCCCAUGGAGACUCAUUCCUUCCCCUGUAUGGCAUUGCUGCAGCACUUCACAGCCUUUUUCUGUGUUUUCCUGCACAGUUUAGAAGGGGGGUUCAUUAGCAAUGGGGCAAGUUGGUGGGCAUGAAUGUGCUUCCUGCUGCUUGUUGCUGGAUGGAGCUCAAAAAUGCCCUUUGUGCCAGCAGAACAUUGCUUCAUCCACACUGCUGCUGGGCUCCACGCACCCAGCAAAUCCCCUACAGCUGUGCUGCCUGCAUGUCCCGGAUGUGGACCAAUGCUCCAAGUUUGUCCUUGGUGUCCUGGCUGCAACAAGGGGAAUCCUGUUGCGUGAGAGCAUUGAAGGGUCCUGGUGUGGGGUUUGUGAUGAUGAGAGCUGCUCACCCCUCCAGUUUUCAGCAUUGCCCUGUGCUGGUCCUGCCCCAGUCCCAUCCUACCCCAGCAAUUUGUGCUCUGUUACAAUCUAUUUUUAUUGUUUGGAGUUCACAGUUCUGCUGUGGGGCAACAAACCAGAAAUCUCUUUCCAGGAAGAACUAAUGCACUGAAUAAACCCUCUGCACACCUUACGAGAGAAAGAAUGGAUCUGCAAAUGGUACAGGAGAGCAAAUAUCUGCAUCUUCCUCCCCGAAGGCUUUUCUCAGGCUGAGCCAAAAGACGGAGCUGUGGUUGGGUCCCUGGAGAUGGGGGCUCGCGCUCCUCCCACGCUGCGCAGCCCGGCUGGCCGGGAGCCAGGCUGUGCACUUCGCAGGGAAUUCGCAG